GGCGGGCUUGGGCAAGUGUUGAGCGCUGAGGAGAGCGCAGCGAGGUGGCCCUCUGACAUGUUUUUCCGGACGGCCCCCGCCCCUGAGCGGGGCACGGCCCACGGAUGGGCGCUCAUUCAUUCUGUCGGUCAUUCAUUCUGUCGGUCUACCUCUUGGUCUCCAAGGGGCGGACUCCUCAAGCUACUGGUGUUGAGGCUCUCGGAGCGAUCUCGGCACAGUUCUGACUGAACAGCGCCUGGCUGCUCCCCGUCCCUGAACCUCAUGAAGGCACCUGUGAAAUACAGGAGUCGCCUAGGAUGGAACAGAAGUGGGACUUGUAAAAUGUUGCCCUGUAAAAAGAGAAGAGCUACAGUGACAGAGUCUGUGCAGCAGGGGGAUGACCAGGAAGGAGAUGAUUUAGACCUAGAGUCAGCUGUGAAGCCAGAGUCCGACCAGCUGAAAGACUUGGGGUCAGAGUCACCGUCCUGGGGUCCAGGUCAUGAGAGUGCCGUGUGCCCGGAGCUGCACUCCAUGCAUGAUGUAGAAAACCAGCUCAGCAUGGAGGAUCCGUCUCUAAGCUCUAAGAUGCUCACCCAGCAUGGCAACUUACCGGUUUUGGAAGCUGUUGGUGUAGCCAUCCCUCAGGAAAUCACACUUCCUUCCUUGGAGUCUUCUCAUUCCCUUACUGUACACAUGGAUCAAGGGAGACUCCCAGCCACGGGCUCAAAGAAAGUGAAGAAAACUGCCUUCCAGCCUGGGCUGAUGACCAGAGAAGACCAAGGGGAUCAUCCUGUCAUAGUGGAACCUCCUUCAGGAGAGCCUGGUGAAGAAGUCAAGGCAGAAGGAGGGAAACUUCAGAUGCAUUCUGGAGGGGAAUUACCUUUGUUGUCAUCUGGCAGCCAAUUUGCAAAACCAGGAGCCCAGCCUAGGAAACCAUUCCAGACAGAUAGUUCUGCCCUUCCACAAGAAAAGCCACUCAGAACUCUGGUUCACCAAACUGAGGAAGAGAUGGAGGAUGGUGAACUCUUUAUUCCAAUGGAAGAACAAGAGAAUGAAGAAAGUGAUAAAAGGAAAAAAGCCAAAAAGGGUACCAAGAGGAAACGAGAUGGAAAGGGCCAUGAACAAGGGACAGUGUCACAUGACCUGAAACUGGAUGACGUUCUCGAUCGUACCUUAGAGGAUGGUGCUAAGCAGCACAAUCUGACAGCAGUCAAUGUACGGAAUAUCCUGCACGAAGUCAUCACAAAUGAACACGUUGUAGCCAUGAUGAAAGCUGCCAUCAGUGAGACAGAAGACAUGCCAUUGUUUGAGCCUAAGAUGACUCGCUCUAAGCUGAAGGAAGUGGUGGAGAAAGGAGUGGUCAUUCCAACUUGGAAUAUCUCACCAAUUAAGAAGGCCAAUGAAAUUAAGCAGCCUCCACAGUUUGUGGAUAUUCACCUUGAAGAAGAUGAUUCCUCAGACGAGGAGUACCAGCCAGAUGAAGAGGAGGAGGAUGAGACGGCUGAAGAGAGCUUAUUGGAAAGUGAUGUUGAAAGCACUGCCUCGUCUCCACGUGGAGUGAAGAGAUCCAGACUGCGAGCGUCUUCUGAAGUGGCUGAGACAGACGAGGAGAGUGGCAUGUUGUCAGAGGUUGAGAAAGUCACCACACCUGCUGUGAGGCACAUCAGUGCUGAAGUAGUGCAUGGGCCCCCACCGCCUCCCAAACCGAAGCAGACCCGGGAUAGUGCUUUCAUGGAGAAGUUAAAUGCAGUAGAUGAGGAGCUGGCUUCUAGUCCUGUCUGCAUGGACUCUUUCCAGCCCAUGGAGGACAGUCUCAUUGCAUUCCGAACUCGGUCUAAGAUGCCCCUGAAAGAUGUUCCUCUGGGCCAACUAGAAGCUGAACUUCAGGCUCCAGAUAUCACCCCGGAUAUGUAUGACCCGAAUACAGCUGAUGAUGAGGACUGGAAGGUGUGGCUGGGGGGCCUCUUAAAUGAUGACGUGGAGAACGAGGAUGAAGCGGAUGAUGAUGAUGAUCCAGAAUAUAACUUCCUGGAAGAUCUUGAUGAACCAGACACAGAGGAUUUCCGUACUGACCGUGCAGUGAGAAUCACUAAAAAAGAAGUAAACGGGCUGAUGGAGGAGCUGUUUGAAACUUUCCAAGAUGAAAUGGGAUUCUCUAAUAUGGAAGAAGAUGGCCCUGAGGAAGAGGAGCGUGUUCCAGAGUCUCGGCCAGACUUCAACACCCCUCAAACCCUACGGUUUGAGGAACCAUUGGCCAACUUGCUAAAUGAACGACACCGGACGGUGAAAGAGCUGCUUGAACAACUGAAAAUGAAAAAAUCUUCCUCCAAACCACAGCCUGAAGUAGAGAGGCUUAAACCUCAGAAGGAGACGGUCCAUCAGGCUCUGAUUCUAGACGCAGCACAGAGGAGCAGGCUUCAGCAGCAGAUGCAGCAGCAUGUUCAGCUCUUGACACAAAUCCACCUUCUCACCACCUCCAACCCCAACCUCAGCUCCGAGGCCAGCACCACCAGAGUAUUUCUGAAAGAGCUGGGAACCUUUGCAGAGAACUCCAUCGCCCUUCACCAACAGUUCAACCCCAAGUUUCAGACCUUGUUCCAACCCUGUAACUGGAUGGGAGCUAUGCAGCUCAUUGAAGACUUCACACAUGUCAGCGUUGACUGCAGUCCUCAUAAAACGGUCAAGAAGACUGCCAGUGAAUUUCCCUGUUUGCCAAAGCAAGUUGCUUGGAUCCUGGCCACAAACAAGGUUUUCAUGUAUCCAGAGCUUCUCCCCAUAUGUUCACUGAAGGCAAAUAAUCCUCGGGAUAAGAUCAUCUUUACCAAGGCUGAGGACAAUCUGUUAGCUUUAGGACUGAAGCACUUCGAAGGCACUGAGUUCCCUAAACCUCUAAUCAGCAAGUACCUUGUAACUUGUAAGACCGCUCACCAGCUGACGGUGAGGAUCAAGAACCUCAACCAGAACAGAGCUCCUAACAACGUGAUUAAAUUUUAUAAGAAGACCAAACAGCUGCCAGUUCUGAUGAGGUGCUGUGAAGAGACCCAGCCACAGCAGUGGAGGCCUCCCGUAGAGAAGGAGGAACACCGGCUCCCAUUCUGGUUAAAGGCCAGUGUACAGUCCAUUCAGGAUGAACUUCGGAAAACAGCUGAAGGCGUUGAGGAAGGAGCAACUAUGACCAGAGCCACAGAAGCCGGCACAGAUCAGCACUUAGAGAAAGCCUGCCCUGAAUUGGGGAGUGAAACUCGAUACCCACUGCUGAUGCCCAAGGGUGUAGUCCUCAAGUUGAAGCCAGGAUCCAAGCGUUUCUCCAGAAAGGCUUGGCGACAGAAGCGGCCAUUGGUCCAGAAGCCCCUUCUUAUCCAGCCCAGCCCCUGUGUUCAGCCUGGGUUCAACACAGGGAAAAUAGCAACCUGGUCAACUCAAUCAGAAGUCCCUCCGGGCAAUAGGGUGGUUCAGAUUCCUCAUCUGAUCCAGCCAGCCACUGUCUUACAAUCACUUCCUGGUUUCUCUUCAGUGGCGGUCAGCGGAGAACAUAGUUUUGAGUCUUCUGCAGCACUGCCUACUAUGGCCUCUGGUCCUGAAGCCAGGACCAGCUUCCCCCUGUCUGAGUCUCAGUCACCACUGCCUUCUUCCUCUGCACCCAAGAUAAUGCUACCCUCACUCGCCCCUUCGAAAUUUCGAAAGCCAUAUGUGAGGCGGAAGCCUACAAGAAGAAAAGGAACCAAGGUUUCUCCCUGUGUGAAAGCUGCCCCCAUCAUCCACCCCACACCUGUCAUCUUCACGGUUCCUGCCGCCACAGUGAAGGUGGUAAGCCUACCCAGUGGAUGUAAUGUGAUCCAGCCUGUUAAUGCCGCCGUGGCCCCGAAUCCCCAGACCAUUCCCAUCACCACUCUCCUUGUUAAUCCUACUUCCUUCCCCUGUCCGUUAAAUCAGCCCCUCGUGGCCUCCUCCAUCUCCCCCUUAAUUGUUUCGAGCAAUCCUCUGACACUUCCUGUAUCAUCUGUUCCUGAAGAUAAGGUCCAAGUGAACUUGGAUAUUGCUGAAGGGAAAAAUGCUCCUCAAAACCCUGACUCCACGUCAAAUUCCCAGGAACUAAAUCCUCUCUGUGCUACUGUCUUCUCCAAAGAGGAUCCUAGGCCAUGGUGUUCUUCAUCAGGUAUGGAAAGCCAAGAAACAUCCUCAGAAUCCAGUGCCUGUGGCUGGGCUAUUGUGAAAACAGAAAACCAGGAAGCAUCCUCAGAAUCGAGUGCCUGUGGCUGGACAGGUGUGAAAAAUGAAGAGGAUGGGCAAGCUUUAGAGCCAUUGCCUUUGAGUCUCCAGUUAUCUCUGAACUCCACAUCGAAGGAUUUAGAAGAAAUGGUCAAGAUGGAAGCUGAGGAUCGUGUGGAGGAAAUAUCCAGUACCUUCCCCGAGCAGGACAUUGCUGAGACAGUGAAAGAAGAAUACUCUAUGGAAUUAGACCGUGGCUCCCCUCAGGAGAAGCCGAGUAGUGCUAGAGCGAGGAAAGAAGCAGUCGUGCAGACAGAGGAGACCCGAGCAGCUUCGUCCCUUUCCGUGUCCCAAGAGCCGCCUGAUGAGGGGAGUCCAAGUGGAGAGGCAAGCAGAGGGUUGCCCAGAGGUACUCCGUCCUCUGUGGAGCAGGAGACGGUGCUCAGCAGGCCUCCAGGGAAGGCUGAGGACUCAGCCAUUGCUGACAGUCAGUCUGUAGCCCCGGCAGGACCAGACACUGGAGGAGAGAAAGACGCUGAGGAAGAAGAGGAGGAGGACUUUGAUGACCUCACCCAAGAUGAAGAAGAUGAACUGUCGUCAGCUUCGGAGGAGUCCGUGCUUUCUGUCCCGGAGCUCCAGGAGACUAUGGAGAAACUGACUUGGCUGGCUUCUGAAAGGAGCAUGAGUCAGGAGGGUGAGUCUGAGGAGGAGAACUCCCAAGAGGAGAACUCUGAGCCAGAAGAAGAAGAGGAAGAGGAGGCUGAAGGGAUGGAAGCCUUGCAGAAGGAGGAUGAAGUGAACGAUGAAGCAGCUGGAGAUGCUGCUGAGAAGCCCCCUUCUACCUCGGCCUCACCCAAGACUGCUCCAGAAGUGGACAGCAGCAUAAGCCCGGCAGGAGAGAGCAUCAAAGCUGCUGGAAAAGGCCGAAGCAACCAUCGGGCUCGAAACAGACGCGGAAGUCGGGCUCGGGCUAGCAAGGACACCUCCAAGCUGUUGCUGUUGUAUGACGAGGACAUUCUCGAUCGAGACCCACUCAGGGAGCAGAAGGACCUGGCCUUUGCACAGGCUUACCUCACCAGGGUACGAGAGGCUCUCCAGCAUGUCCCUGGCAAGUAUGAAGAUUUCCUUCAGGUGAUCUAUGAAUUUGAGUCAAGUGCCCAGAGGCAGACUGCUGUGGAUCUUUACAAAAGCUUGCAAACCCUACUCGAAGACUGGCCUCAGCUCUUGAAGGACUUUGCUGCUUUCCUGCUCCCUGAGCAAGCCCUGUCCUGUGGACUAUUUGAGGAGCAGCAGGCUUUUGAGAAGAGUCGCAGGUUCCUUCGGCAGCUGGAGAUAUGCUUUGCAGAGAACCCCUCUCAGCACCAGAAGAUCAUCAAGGUCCUGCAAGGCUGUGCGGACUGUCUUCCUCAGGACACCACGAGGUACUUUCUCAAGACCCAGAUGUGGCAGCUCCUCAAAGGCCAUGACCACCUGCAGGAUGAGUUCUCCAUCUUUUUUGAUCAUCUGCGCCCAGCAGCUAGCCGGAUGGGUGACUUUGAAGAGAUCAAUUGGACUGAAGAAAAAGAGUAUGAGUUUGAUGGCUUUGAAGAAGUGAUCCUCCCUGAUGUGGAAGAGGAAGAGGAACCUGUCAAGGUGUCCACAGCCUCAAAGAGCAAGAGGAGGAAAGAGAUUGGGGUCCAGAAUCAUGAUAAGGAGACUGAAUGGCCUGAAACGGCCAAGGACUGUUCCUGUCCCUGCCAUGAGGGUGGUCCUGAUCCUAGGCUGAAGAAAAGCAGAAGGAGAAAUUGUCACUGCAGCAGCAAGGUCUGUGACAGCAAAUGUUGUAAGAGCAAGGAGCCCCUCGAACUGGUGAGCAGUAGCCCCCUCCAAGAGGCCAGUUCUGUGCCUGGAAGUAAGGAAGCAGGACAAGGCAAGGACAUGCUGGAAGAGGAAGCCCUGGAGGAGCAGGAGAAUACUGCAGCAACCCAGAUUAGGACUGGCAAGGCCACCAGAAAGGGAGACACACCCAUUCCAGGGUCUACAGCAGGGAGUACGUUGCUGAACUCUGCAGAAGUGACUCUCCUGGAGCAGCCCUUGGAGGGCCCGACGUUUUGUUCACAAGAGACUCCUCAGCUUCCUCCUCAGACUGGAGUUGUGCUCUCUGUUAGGAGAGACCAGGCUGGGCCUGACGUUGUCUCCUGCCUUAGUACAUCCACCAUCCUUCCUGAAGAGGGCGAGGACCAAAAGGCUGCUGCUAAUUCAGAGACUACUGGGUCACUCCCAGACGAAUCAGAAACCGAGACACUGCCAGGCACUGUGGAGCUCCCUGCUUCCUCGAGGACCAGAGACGCAGGGAGAAGCUACGGGAAAGCAGGUUCGCAGAGCUGGCUACUUGAGGGCAGAGUGGAGACAGAGACCGAGCACAUGGCGGCCUCUGUCUGUGGAACUUCCUCAGCAGUCACUCCUAAAGCCGCCAGAGGGGCCAUGGCUGAUGACGGUGGAACCCAAGGCAGGGGUCCAGAGGAGGCUCUGCCGAAAGCCUCCGAAGCCACCGUCUGCGCCAACAACAGCAAGGUCAGCUCCACCGGGGAGAAGGUUGUACUGUGGACAAGGGAAGCUGACCGAGUGAUUCUCACCAUGUGCCAGGAGCAGGGCGCACAGCCUCACACCUUCAGCAUUAUCUCUCAGCGGCUGGGAAACAAGACCCCUGUGGAGGUCUCCCACCGCUUCCGAGAACUCAUGCAGCUCUUCCACACAGCCUGUGAGGCCAGCUCGGAGGACGAGGACGAUGCCACCAGCACUAGCAAUGCAGACCAGCUCUCUGACCAUGGGGACCUGCUGUCUGAAGAAGAACUGGACGAAUGAGACCCUGGGAAGGUACGGGUGUCAUCUGCCAGGACCAAACCAACAGCCUUCUGUAGGAGGGUGAACUUUGAACUCCUGUGGAGCUAAGGACAGUCAGUCUGGAGAUAGAUAGCUCUGUGGCCUGUGUCUCUCAGGGACCUCAGUGAGGACCUUA